ACUAAACAAAAGGGAAGUAACUCAUUAGUCCGACGGUGCUACUUACAAAUUCGUUGUGUUGUAAUAUCUUCUGACCUGCGGUCUACUUUCGCUUCCUAAGAUGGCAUUGGCGUGUCAGAGAAACAGUUAUCUUAAGGAGUUGGACACAACAGUGAAAAGCUGUGUUGCUGCUGAAGCCAAACUUUUAAAGAAUGGAAAGAAAGAGACAGUGAAGGGCUUUGAAGUUAUACUUGAGGAUACAAUCUUGUUCCCUGAGGGUGGUGGUCAGCCAGAUGAUAGAGGAACUAUCAAUGAUGUUGGUGUGUUAAGAAUCACCCGCAGGGGGGCAGAGGCGGUACAUUUUGUUACCACGGAGAUAGGCGCAGGUACUCAAGUGCACGUGGCAGUGGACUGGAGGAGGCGGUUUGAUCACAUGCAGCAGCACUCGGGCCAGCACUUGAUCACUGCAGUAACAGAGAACAUGUACGGCUGGCCCACAACAACAUGGAACCUUGGCGAUAGAACAUGCUUCAUAGAGCUCGACACGCCAUCCAUGACAGAAGACCAGAUGACAACAUUGGAGAACGAGUUAAACAGCACUAUCAGAGCUGGAAGAAAGGUGUUCCCAACGCUCUAUCACGAUAAGAGUGACCCUGACCUUGCAGCGGCACGUUGCCGUGGGUUACCUGACGAUCAUGAGGGGCCAGUAAGGGUGCUCACCAUUGAGGGGAUAGACUCUUGCCUAUGCUGUGGUACACAUGUGCAAAAUGUCUCAGAUAUACAGGUGGUUAAACUGUUGUCAGUUGAGAAGGGAAAGCGCAAGAACUCGGUGAAUCUCCACUUUGUCUGUGGAGACCGAGUGCUAGAGUACUUGGGCAGGACUCUGCAAGUGGAAAAGUCUCUCACAGUAUUGUUGAAGGGUCCAUUAGAGCAGCAUUUUGAACUAGCAGACAAAGCUGUGAAAGGGUACAAAGCCUCAAACAAAACAAUCCAGACAUUAUUGCGAGAUGUGGCCAGUUUAGAAGCAGCCAAGUUCAAAGCUCAAAAAGAGAAACCAAAAGUAUUCAUCUACCACAGGAAAGAUGGUGACCUGGAUUUCAUGAACACACUUAUAAAGGAGCUGAAUGAUGAGAGUAUCGUCACCAUAGUUACCGCUGGUGAGGAUAAAGGUCCAGGACUUGUGAUGUUAUCGGGUCCUGAAGGAAUCAUCAAGGAACUGGGGCCAAAGGUGAUGGAGCUGCUAGAAGGCAAGGGCGGGUACAGCCAGAGUCGGUUCCAGGGCAAGGCAAGCAAGCUGCAGAACAGAGGAAAGGCGGCCCAGCUGGUACAAGACAUCCUCCAGGCUACAAACCAGACUACCACAGAGGCUACAAACCAGACUGCCACUGAGCAAUGAUGUCAUGGAUACAUGUACCUAAGGAUAAUUACUUGUUUUCGGUUUUGGGAGGAACUGUUCUGAAAUUUGUUUUGUGAUAUUUUAUAUAUAUUAUUUCCUAAUACCGUUUUUGGUGGAUUGGAGAAUCUUAUAAUAUAAUGUUUCCUUAUGGUAUACUUUAUUUGAUGUUAUUGUUGUUUUAACAAUUAUGAUUGAUGAUCCUUAUAUUUCAUUCCACCUUUAUUCAGAAGGAAGCAAUUAAAGUUUAUAAUUCACUUAAAAAUACUUUUCAUAUGUAAUUUACAUACAUGUGAGUUUUGCUUAAUGAAUAAAAAAAUCUGCAUAAA